AUGAAUCCUCUAUUCAAUCAAAAUAAUGAUAUCAAUGCUAUAACUAAGGAACUCAAGAAAUCACUGCUUUCAUUUACAAAUAGACUUCAAUCAAUUAUCCAUGAUGCCAAAUUUGUCAACCUCGUACAACAGGAAUUGCAAUUACCUUUAAUAGCCAACGAACGUUGUGGACUAUGGUACAUUCCACCAAAUGAAAGGACCGAUACUUGUUAUUUCAAGUCAACUGAUGGCCAUACCAAUGUUUGGUCAUUUUCAUUACGACGAUUGAAUUUACAUCUUUUGCCAAUAAUAAACGACAAGCAAGGAAUCAUUAUUGUUGACUCAACCAGACGCGGUAAGCCCAUGCCUGAUGCUUUAUUGAAAACGAUACCUAUAUGGUGUGCUGUUGUGAAUACUAUUUUUUUUGGCGAGUCGCAAGAUGGUUGGUUACGUACACCGUCGAUUGUACCACGAAGUGAACACAACUCUAUUGAGAAACUAAUACCAGAGUUUGUCAAGAGUGUCAGGGAGUUAAACUUGUUUGGUAGAUAUACUCAUAAACUAAAUAAGCCUUUGAUUCCGAGGUUUUUCUACCCCGGUUGUGCUAGUGAGGAAUUGGAUGACAAUGUGUUUAACAUUUGUUGUGUGUCAGUUUCAAAACAAGUCCCUAUUCAUAAAACAAUAACUACUAGAGGCUCAAAUGGAGAUAUGAUUAGUUUUGACUAUGUUCAAGGAUCAGCUGAUGACCAUGAAUUGUGGGUCCCCAAGGCACUACCCGAAUUUGAUGCUAAUUACUUUUGGCAAGUCAAAAACAAUUUAAUUGACCCUUCAACGGGAUAUAUACCAUCAUGGCGAGGAGAUGAUGAAUUGGUGAAAAUUAUACAGGGUAUGAAUAAGAGUGAUGCAUCGCUGGAUUUGAUGGUGCAAGCAGUUGGCGAAACCGAGAUUUAUUUUGGUUGUGUAAAUCAUGUUAUCUCUUUUGACCAACUUCCAUUUAAUACAGUUAUAUUACACGACAAUGUGACAGUUCUUGACAAGAAUGACAAGUCUACUAAACAAGUACUUCAAUACCAAAUCCCAAAUAAUAAAAAGGGGUCAAAUAUGUUGCGUUCAUUGAUGCCAGAGAUUAUCGCAAAGAUUGAUUUACAGUCACCAAUCUCAAUCUUGUGUGGCACUGGUAAGGAUCUAAGUGUCGGUUUAGUCUUGAUCCUUCUUUGUUUAAACUUUAACCUUGAUUGGAAGAAGAUUGAUGAUCCACCACCAAUUACCAAGACAUUGAUUAAACAACAUCUAGGUAAAUUAUCCAAUUUAUACAAGGUUAAUCCCCAAAGAAGUACAUUACAAAGCAUCAAUAGUUAUUUAUUUUCUCAAAAUACAUAG